AUGGAACAAACAGCCUAUGAGACAAACUGCGGAGUAGGAAGCGCCUUUUAUGGUCAUAACUACCACGAAAUGCCGGAGAGGGAUUACUCAACUGAUUUGCCUCGCGAAAACCAAGGAAAGGCAGUUUCCUAUUCGAAUCCUCCUUCGCGUGAUUGUCGUGAAAUGCCAUCACAGGAUCAGACCUACAAUCUCCAGCAAGGAAAUGCGAUUAGGGGUAACAAUGGACCCAGGAAUUACCGUCCAAAUGUAACCUACCCUCCGUUGCCGAAAAAAGAUUACCCGAAUGGAAUGACUUCUGGAAAAUCUUUUAUUUACACUGAUGCUAAUAACCCACAGCGAAAAGUAACAAUUUAUGCAAUUUUAGCUCCAACUUAUGGACCAAUUGACGAUGACAAGCUAAAUCAACUCAUUGAGCUCAUCAACCAAAUGCCUAAAUUCAAUAAUUUACCCCAAAAUGGGAGAGCCCAAUCCGCAAUUCAUCCACAUGCAGCCAUGGAUACUGAUGCCCAUGGUGGACACUAUUUAGUACCUCAACUACAUUUUAGCUCACCAAAUUCAGACACCGGUACGUUCACCAAUUUUACAUUGAAGCAAAAAAAUAUUUGCUCCGGGCACGAGCCAGGCCGCGUGUCAUUCAAACGUCCAGUUAAAUGUCACGUAAGUCAAAGCUGGGAAAAAGGUACCACAUUUUCAAACUUUGCCGUUAUAUAUACUUUAAUAAUUGAUAAUCAUACCAAUAGGCGGAGAAUGCUGCCUGAGGAAGAUCUGCAAACCCCAAAGUCAAAUGGUCCCAGAAGUUGUAAUGGUGCCAUAUGGAUUGUUGGAGUUGAUGCUAAUAUCAAUGACAGCAACAAAGUUGAUAAAGAAAUGAACGUUGACAACCGAAAUUUUAACGCCACUGCUAAUAAUAGCAGUAACAACGCCAUUACCAACCCCAACCCCAACACCACCACCACCACCAGCACCACCAACAACAACAACAGUAGUGGUGUUGGUGUCCUAACUGGCGAUGUGGCUAGUACGGUGGUAGGUCUAAACAGCAUCGCAGCUAUCAACGGCCUCUGUGCAAGUGUCAAUGCACUCAACGGAGCUCUCGGUGGACUCAGUGGUAGCAUUGGCAGCAGGAACUUUGGCCUUGGUGUCGGAGGCAUAAAUGGUUUCGUCGGUGCUGGAGCAAUUAAUGGUGGAGUGGGUGGAAUGAACUAUGAUGCUGGUGCUGUUGGCAUGAGCGGGGGUAUGGAAGACGCGUUCAAUGGAGUUGGUGGCAGCAGAAUAGCUGGCCGAGGAGGCGGAUACACAGGAAGUAUCAGUGGUGGUGGAGCUUACGGAGGAACCGGCGUUAGGAGUAGCCGUGUCUACGGAGGAAGCUCUGGCAAUCUCAAUCUGGCUUCCUCUGCUACUUAUCCACGCUAUGGGACCAGUAAUGUUGGCUCAGCGUACGACAUACGAUACAUAGAGCCGGACAUGGAGGAGUACAGACAGAGGGUGAGGGAGGCUGAAGAAGAUGCGGAAAGACGACGGCAACAGCUCAUCGCCAAGCGCGACGCCGAGGUGGCUCAAAAACGUCAACAAGCAGAGAACGAAGUGGCUCGUGAAACCGCUCGUCGAAAGGCCGAAGCUGAGCGGAAGCGGAAUGAAGAGGUUAAAAGAAAGAUUGCUGAGGCCGAAUGUACUCGAAAACAAAAGGAGCAGGAGCUGAUGCAACUUUUCUCUCUUAUGGAAGCGAACCAAAGAGGAGCACCGAUUCGACAGCAAAUUGCUAUGACUCAACGUUGCAUACAGGAAAUGGAAGCCUACAAGGCUCAAAUUCAAGCCCAAGGUCGACAACUCGAGUCAAUUUGCGUACCGGCAUACCAUGCGGAUACGGGGUCCGAGAAGAAUUUGCUUGCGGAAUUUUGCCAAAAACUUUCGGUGAUUAAAUGUGAAGAAAAUGAGAAAAUCGUGGCUGCAGAGAACACACCAAUGCCGAUGUAUGAGAUACCGCAAAUGCCUGAUAUACCGAUUCCUGAAAUCCCAGAAAUUCAUCCAGAACCCGUUCCUACACCGGAAUACAGGGGCUAUCGAGUCCUUUCGACGUCGAUGACUGAUUUGCAGCCAAUUUGCUGUCCUCCACCCCAGCCAAUCUGUUGUCCACCACAACCAACAUACUGUUGUCCGAUGCCUACAGGUAAAUUGGGUAUAUGGACAGCUAAUAGAGCAGGUGUGGAAAUGACCUUACUUUCUCUUGGUUCUUCCUUCAUAGUUGCUUGCUAUCAACCACCGCCACAACCGAUUCCAUACUACUGCCCGCCGCCCCCCUGUUGCGCGACCUAUUCACGACCGAUAACACCAGAGCCUAGGAGUAGUCCCUGUGGCUGUAGGUCAAACAACUACCAACCGGUGACUGUUUAUCCGAGCAUAAAUGUAACUAUUUCCACUUUGCCCUUUCAGCUUCUAGCUGCUGUACACAGAAACCGUGCACAAAAAAACCGGCCCCUUCAUCGUGCUGUGCUAAAACAACAUGCACUCCAUCGUGCUGUCAGAAGACUAAAACUGCUCCAGUUCGUAAGUUCAAAAUCGUCAUGCUGCCUAGCACGAAAACCUAAAGAAGUGUGCUCCGAAGAUGAGCAUUAUGAACUACAACCUUCAGGUAAGGCCUUAAGGAGUCGAAAUGAUAGUAAAAGGUUGUAA